CCGCGGUUGCCAAGGCAACGUCCGGACGCGCCAGCCCGCGCGCGCCGCCUGCUGCCGGGGAGCGGAGAGCUGGCGGGAAGCGCGCCUUCAGAGUCCGGCCUCUGGCCAUGGCUUCGCUACGCACUGCCAAGGCGUGGGUGAAGAGCUACUUCAAGGAGAACUACAUUCCCCAGGUCUGCGAGGCUCUGUUAUGUGGUCUACUUGCUACCUGUCCUGAGGAUCCGCUGAGAUAUUUAGAAGUCAUGAUCAAGUAUAUAAUUGAAAGUGGACUUCAAAGACUUCUUUGGGAUAUGUGCAUUGAUCCAUCAGUGAAACCAAAAAUGCGAAGAUUGUCUGAGACUUAUUUGGAACAACUUUUUGGACUGGAUGAUCAACUGAUGACUCCAGAAUUGAUGAUAAAAGCAUGUAGCUUUUAUACUGGAAAUCUAGUAAAGACCUACUUUAGCAUUUGGAGAGACGCAGCACUAUCCCAUAUAACUGAAAGUGAGACUAUGGCUAAACAUAUGAAAAAAGCAAAGGAAUAUAACAAUUUCAGACUUCAAAGAUGGAUAUUCUGUCACUGGCACCCGUACGUGGAAAAUAAAAAACAACAACUUAAAGAGGCACUGUCGCGGAUCCAAAAGAUGUUCUAUUGUUACAAGCUAAUAAAUAUCCUAACAAAAUGGCGGGAUAAAGCAAGAUGUAGGAAUAAAAAGAGAGAAGAUGACCUGCUGUUAAAACAUGAACUUCAACUGAGAAAAUGGAAAACUAAGUCAAAAUCAAAAUUAUUUACUGAAGAAGAACAAAUGUUUCUUCAAGGAAGUUCAUCUGAAUGCUCUCUAGUAGGUGAGAGUCUUCCAUGUGACAUUUCACUGUUACCUGAAAGAGCAAUAUUACAG